GUGUGAUAGAGCCCCCAAGCAACCGCCAUUCUCUUCAACCAACAUGGAUCAUUCCUCUCUUCAACCAUCAUCGCCCUACUCAUCUUCAGAUUGUAACAGUGUUCUUCCUUGUUUUGAACCCGUUUCAAAAGGAACAGAAUUGGAACAUCUCAAAGAAAGAGUAGUUGAGGGAGAAGAGAAAAACGUGUUGGUGUUAAAGGCUUUAGAAUCCCUCAGCUCAAUAAAGGAUUGCUUGUCUAGAGUAGCAGAGGGAUUAGAGGGAGAAGAGGAUGUAACUUAUGUGAAAGAAUUAUCAGAGGAACCAGAAUCAGAAUCAAAUGAGUUAAUGGAAGUGUUAAAAGUGGUUUCAAGGUAUGCAAGGGAAGUGGAAACAAGGAUUGAAAAGCACAAAGAGUUGAGGAAGAAAGAGAAGAGAGAAUUGGAGAGCAGCCUUAUAAGUUUAACCGAGGAGAAUAGGGAUGUGAGUAACUUGCUUAGGAUUGCAUUGUUGGAGAAAGAGGCAUUGGAGAAGAGAGUGAAAGGCAAUGAGCAUAAUAAGAGGAUGCCACUUCUGCAGUUUGCUGAGUUUGGUUUGCACAAAGUUGGUUUUGGAUUCAUGAUGGGGACUGGCACUGUUGACCAACCUAUAGAGACUAAAUCAGAUAGUAGUGAGAGUGAACAUGUUGUUAGUCUGGCCUCAACAGUGGAAAGGAUAAUGAAGAACCUACGCCUUGAAAUCACUCAUUUGAGGAGAUCUUUGGAGGAAGCAAGGUCAGACACAGAGAGGCUCCAAUGUCUGACAGAGAAACAAGGCAAAGAGAUUGCGGAAAACAAAGAGUACAUCAAAGACUUAGAAGACAGAGAGAGAGUGUUGGCUCAUAACGUAGAGGAGUUUAUGAUGGAAAUCAGAGAAGCGGAGGAGGAAGUUGCAAGAUGGAAGGAGGCUUGUGAGUUGGAAGUAGUAGCCGGAAAGAAUGAGAUUCAAGAGCGUGACAAACUGGUGGAUGCACUGAAGCUAGAACUACAGAAAACGAAGGGUGCAUUGGAGAUAUCAAGGGGGAAGCUGAGGCUGAAAGAGGAGGUGGCAGCAACGGCAAUAGCAGCGCAGGAAGCAGCAGAGAGAUCGUUGAAGCUGGCAGAUACAAGAGCAGUGGAACUUCGGGAGAGGAUGGAGGAACUCACCAAACAGUUGGAGGAAGCAGACAAGAGGGAACGCACUACUCACAAACAAAGAAGGCGAAGGCGUCUGUGUUGGCCAUGGCAGCUUUUCAACCUCGCCUCUCCCCCUGAAAUGAAUGCCUUGCUUUACUGACAUGUAAAUAAUAAAAAUCUUUAACUAUCCAAGUUACGAGGAAAAAAAAUAUUUAAAUGAAUAAGAAUUUGUUAUUAAGUUAUUAUUUAACAAUAAUAAGCGAAUAUACCGAAAAUAGCUUCCGUAGUGUGCGUCUUCUUGUUGGACGCUGGGUGGCGUUAGGGUUUGCAGAGUCGCGCUUCGUUUUCUGGAGAUAACUGACACCUUUGCAUUCCGUCACGCUUUUCAAUUUCUCUGUUAUUCAAUAUUCAUACUCGAAGCCCAAGAUUCGGUGAAUUAAAUUAUUAUUGUUGAUUGAAAACGGUGGAAUUUGAUCUGAAUUUCAGAAGCCAGUUGAUUCUUAAUAAUAGUUAAUAGCAAGCUAUGGAUCGUAAAGCAGAGAAUGACAGUGUGACGAAGAAGUUGGUUUCAUCAUGUGAUGUUGAAGCUUUGAAGAAGUGCUUGGAAGAGAACAAGGGUGACUAUCUCAAAUGCCAAUCACACAUUGAAGCUUUUAAAUCAUCUUGCUCAAUCAAGAAGCCUAAUUCAUCCCUUGAUUCUGCACCUCACCUCAACACAUCAAGCUAGAUUCUUGACUUUCAUUUCGAAUUUGCGUCCCCAUGGAGUGGUUGGCAACUUGUAUACUUGUAUUAACAGUCAAUAAUUAGUGAGCAAAGUUGUAACUUUGCACAACUACAAAAUUUAGUGUUUUAUUCAUAUAGCAGUGAACUGUUUGUGAUGUAGUUUUGUACCUUUCCCACUAACUCGUCUUGAAUAGAAUAAUUUAAUUGCAUAACACAUUUGCACUGAGGAUAGGACAUCUAGCAUGGAAGCUUAUCUUAUGUGCUAGAUGCACUGGGAUGAAGACACAAAAAGAAAAAUUGCAUUCCCUUCUGAUUUUA